GCUUCCUGACAUUCUUUUCUUGAAAUCCCACAUAGAAGCUUGCUUCUUUUCCAAACCUCCAUCGACCGAACACUUUUGAACCCGAACCGAACCGUCCCAAUCGAAAAGUAGCAACCAUGCAUUUCCGCGGAUCCUCCAUCUACUUCGGCAUCGUUGCCCUCUCCUCGACUUCAGCUGUCCUUGGAGCCGUCGCUCCCUACGGACAAUGCGGUGGUAACGGCUUCCAGGGCGAGACCGAGUGCGCUCAAGGCUGGUCUUGCGUCAAGAGCAACGACUGGUACAGCCAGUGCAUCAACGGUGGUGGAAACGCCCCGGCUCCUCCUGCUGCUACUGGCGUCGCGCCGGCACCCGUCGUUCCUUCUGCCGCCCCUGUACCGUCGAUGAACGCUAGCGAGCCCGUCGCCGCCCCUGUUGCGGUUGCUCAGCCUGCUGCCACCGGCGGUGCCAACGGCUCUACUCCUGAUGUUGCCGGAACCGGUGCCAACGGUGCCAAGUGCUCGCUCGAUGCUGCAUUCAAGUCGCACGGCAAGAAGUACAUCGGUGUUGCUACCGACCAGGGCGCACUCGGCAAGGGAAAGAACAAGGAGAUCAUCGUCGCAAACUUCGGCCAGGUUACUCCUGAGAACAGCAUGAAGUGGGAUGCCACCGAGGGUACCGAGGGCAAGUUCACUCUCGACGGUGCCAACGCGCUCGUCAGCUUUGCCACAGAGAACAAGAAGCUCGUCCGCGGUCACACCACCGUCUGGCACUCUCAGCUUCCCACCUGGGUCUCUUCCAUCACCGACAAGACUAAGCUCGAGGAAGUCAUGGUUGCUCACAUCAAGAAGCUCAUGAGCACCUACGCCGGCAAGGUCUAUGCUUGGGACGUAGUCAACGAGAUCUUCAACGAAGACGGUUCUUUCCGCUCUUCCGUCUUCUACAACGUUCUCGGUGAGAACUUUGUCGCUACCGCUUUCGCUACUGCCAAGGCCGCCGACCCAGAGGCCAAGCUCUACAUCAACGACUACAACCUCGACAGCCCCAGCUACGCUAAGACCAAGGCCAUGGCUAGCAAUGUCAAGAAGUGGGUUGCCGCCGGUGUUCCCAUUGACGGUAUUGGUUCCCAGUCCCACUUGUCCGGCAGCUGGCCCAUCUCCGACUACCCCGCUGCUCUCAAGCUUCUCUGCGAGUCUGCUUCCGAGUGCGCCAUGACUGAGCUUGACAUCAAGGGUGGUGCUGCCGCUGACUACAAGACUGCUGUCACUGCUUGCUUGGAUGUUGAGAACUGUGUUGGUGUUACCGUCUGGGGUGUUAGCGACACUGACUCUUGGAUCGGCGCUGCUGCCACUCCUCUGCUUUUCGACGGCAGCUUCCAGGCCAAGGAGUCUUACAACGGUCUCUGCUCCGCUCUUGCUUAAAUGCACAGGGUGGGAACGAGGGCAUCCGAUUAGAUCUAUCAGCUUAAGACAGACAAUUUGGUGCUUGAAAGAGGUGUUUGUUUCUUGUAGGAGAUGGGAUGAAAUUCUACCGUAUAUAUAUCU